AUCCUGAUGCAAUUCAAACAGAAACGAUUCAAAGUAGCCGCUCUUAAAUUCAUGUGGUCUUCUGACGAGCUUCGGAAGCAGCAUUAUGCCGAUUUAUCUGCCAAAGCCUUUUUCCCAAAACUAAUAAAAUACAUAUCUUCCGGCCCUGUUGUGCCCAUAGUAUGGGAAGGUUUGGAUGUGGUUAAAAACUUGGUCGUGUACUUCUUGGUGCUACAAAUCCAGGCUGAUAGUGCCCCCGGAACGAUCAGAGGUGAUCUUUGUGUCGAAGUUGGUCGUAACAUCUGUCAGGGGUCAGAUGGUGUGAAGUCUGCCAAAAAGGAAAUAAGCCUAUGGUAUAAGACCACUUUUAUAUAG